UGCACCGCCGCGCUCUCAGUGCCUCUCCGCGCUCCCGUACGUGUGUUUCGGUUCUCGCGAGUUGGUGUCGCGCCGCUGCCUCCCCCCUGCACAGAGCUGCGAGCCGUCGUCGUCAUCGUCGUCAUCGCGUCCGACAAGUUGAGAGGCAAAGUGUGAGAGAGAGAAGGACACAGAGUUUGAGUGCUUGGCUGUUUUCUUCGAGAUUUUCUGGCGACCUGACGCAACUGCGACGAGCGCUUCAAGAGACAUGGCCGAGAGUAAGGGCGCGUUAAUCGCGAAGACAGUGCAAAAACACGCUGGCAGGGCGAAGGAGAAGUUCCUUCAGAAUCUGGGCAAGGUCGACCGAACCGCGGACGACAUAUUCGACGAGCACCUGCAAAACUUCACGAGGCAGCAGAACUCCGCUAACAGGCUGCAAAAGGAGUUCAACAAUUACAUCAGGUGUGUUCGAGCGGUGCAAGCCGCCUCGAAGACACUCAUGGACUCGUUGAAUGAAAUCUACGAGAGCCAAUGGACCGGACACGAUCUGUUAUACGUACAGGCACAAAAUCUCGACAUGCUGUGGCAGGAUUUCACUCACAAGCUCGCGGAUCAGGUUCUUGUGCCACUCAACACAUAUCAGAGCCAAUUCCCGGAGAUGAGGAAAAAAAUCGACAAGCGCGGCCGUAAAUUGGUGGACUACGACAGUCAGAGACACAAUUUCCAGUCGCUGCAGUGCAAUCCAAAAAAGAGGGAUGAGUUGAAGGUGUCCCGGGGGAAGGAACUGUUGGAAGAGGCGAAGCGUACGUACGAGCAGCUGAAUUCCGAGCUGCACGACGAGCUGCCGGCAUUGUACGACUCGCGCGUGCUUUUCCUCGUCACCAAUCUGCAGACCCUCUUCGCCGCCGAGCAAGUGUUCCACACGGAAAGUGCCAAGGUGUAUUCCGAAUUGGAAGCGAUCGUCGAUAAAUUAGCCAACGAGAGUCAACGAGGUUCUUACACGCUGAAGAAGAACACGGAACCGCAAUCGCCCAAGUCGCCGAACGCAAACUCGUCCUUAAUAAUCAACACGCAACCGUCGCAGAACAAUAUCUCAGGAGCCCUAGACGACACCGUGCCCGAGGCCAGAGACUCGUCGCCGACCACCCAGAUAAAUGGCAACGCUAACAGCAACGCUAACAGCAACGCUAACAGCAAUGAUAACUCUCUCAAUAACCAGGACGCGUCGCCGCAGAGCGCAGUAGCGCCUUCCAAGCGGGUUGAGGAGUUGUACGAUAUUCCUGUCGCAUGUCGAGCAAUAUCGUGUCCGGCCGCGGACGAGAUCGCAGACAGGUCCAUGACUAACGGGGCGGAUUCGAUGCUUCUAGAGGUGGAAUAUGAAAAUGCUACCAAUUUCUCUGUAGGGGCGACGACCGACAAUCUACCGCCGGGCGUGCUGUACAGAGUGAAGGCCACUUACAAGUACAGCCGCGAGGACGUCGACGAGUUGUCGUUCGACGUCGGUGAGAUCAUACGCGUCGUGGAGUACGACGAUCCGGAGGAACAGGAAGAAGGCUGGUUAAUGGGCAUCAAGGAAGGCACCAACGAGAAGGGCAUGUUCCCGGCGAAUUUCACGAAGCCGCUGUGAGAGAGUUACGCACGAUUCGCCAUUUAACACUCCAAUGCUCACAGAAGAACAGCGUAUUUUACUCUAAGAUAAGUUAAAGAGUCGUAAUUGAAACGGGAGAUAAGAAUCGUCGAGCGCGUGUACGUGCGCAAGAGAGAGGGAGAGAAAGCGAAGAAAGAGAGAGAGAGAGAGAGAGAGAGAGAGAGAGAGAGAGAGAGAGAGAGAG